UCUUGAAAGCAGAGAGAGAGAGAGAGAGAGAGAGAGAGAGAGAGAGAGAGAUGGGGAGCAUUGAAGCGGGAGAGAAGAAGACCAUUGGAUGGGCUGCAAGAGAUCCAUCUGGAAUCUUAUCUCCUUACAAUUACACUUUGAGAAACACUGGAGAGGAAGAUGUGUACAUCAAAGUGAUCUGCUGUGGGAUUUGUCAUACUGAUAUCCAUCAGAUCAAGAAUGACCUUGGCAUGUCUAACUAUCCCAUGGUUCCUGGACAUGAGGUGGUAGGAGAGGUGUUGGAGGUGGGAUCGGGUGUGAGCAAGUUCACCGUAGGAGAUAUAGUGGGCGUAGGCGUGAUCGUUGGAUGCUGCGGAAGCUGCCGACCAUGCAAUUCAGAUCUCGAACAGUACUGUUCCAAGAAGAUUUGGAGUUACAACGAUGUCUACACAGACGGCAAACCCACUCAAGGCGGUUUCGCUGAGUCUAUGAUCGUCCAUCAGAAGUUCGUGGUCAAGAUCCCCGAAGGGAUGGCGGCCGAGCAGGCGGCCCCACUCCUCUGCGCGGGUUUGACGGUCUACAGCCCUAUCAGCCACUUCGGGCUGAAACGGAGCGGCCUCCGGGGCGGCAUUUUGGGUCUAGGAGGUGUCGGCCACAUGGGCGUAAAGAUCGCCAAAGCAAUGGGUCACCACGUGACCGUGAUAAGCUCAUCGGACAAGAAGAAAGAGGAAGCCCUCGACCAUCUUGGAGCCGAUGAUUACGUCGUGAGCUCUGACGAGGCGGCGAUGCAGAGAGUGAGCGAUUCUUUGGAUUACAUCAUCGACACGGUGCCCGUGUUUCACCCCCUCGAACCCUACCUGUCGUUGCUCAAACUCGAUGGGAAGUUGAUCUUGAUGGGUGUCAUUAACACUCCUCUCCAAUUCAUGACCCCCGUCGUCAUGCUCGGGAGGAAAGUGAUAUCAGGGAGCUUCAUAGGGAGCAUGAAGGAGACGGAGGAAAUGCUCCAAUUCUGCAAAGAGAAAGGCUUAACGUCGACGAUAGAGGUCGUGAAGAUGGAAGAAGUGAACACCGCUUUUCACCGUCUCGAAAAGAACGAUGUCCGCUAUAGAUUCGUCGUCGACGUCGCAGGAAGCAAGCUGAACGAAUGAUCUUUCAGGAGACACAAUACGCAGCCGUAUAUACAUACAUACACAAGCAUAUAUAUAUAUAUAUAUGCUUGUGUAUGUAUGCGUGUUCCGUUUGGUUCUGAAGGAUGGGAUUCAAAGUGUGUUUUUGUUCUGUUUUUUCUUUCUUCCAAAAUCUAUCUACACAGUCUUGUUUCUUUUAUGUUCCUUGUGCUUGCUUGCUCUCUUUGUUCUCAAGGAAUGCUUCAAUGGUUUUCGUUUUAAUCUUUCGGUGCGCAAUUUGAGAAAUUUUUGUUUAAUUUUUAAUCUUAUGUGAUACAAUUAAGCCGAUUUAUAACAUUA